UGGAUAGAUAGCGUGUUGAUACGUUGGGAGCAGGAAGAGUCAUGGAGCCGCUGGUUCGUGGCGCCACCGGGGUGGCAUGCAGACGGGCGUCGCAUUGUCCUCCUCAUCAGCCUGAAGCAGCGGCCGCACAGCGGCGGCUGGUCAGCUUUCUGGCCCGACUGGGGCUGAGUAGGAGAUCUCACGAGCCGGAGCCCUCACUGUUGCCCGACACCCCUCGUGUGGCGGUGAGUGAGGACAAAGAUCUGCCUCUCUCCUCUGGCUGCACCAUGUUCAUUGGCUUGCAUUUUUGCGUGUGCAGGAUCCCUUCUGGAUCAGGGACAAAAGCAUGCAGGGAGCGUUCUUGCCUGACGCGAUUGAGCUGAGCUGGAACCUCGCGAAGAUCAAAAGGUACACACACACACACAUCAUUCUUUCGCGUCGGCUCUCUCCUCUCCUCUGCAAACGUGUGUGUGUGUGUGUGUGUGUGUGUGCAGGGCGUACAACAGGCUCGAGGGCGGCGUGGAGGGUCCUCGUGAGCGCCUGGAGGGCAGUGUGGACGAGAUCAACAAUGUGCUUAUGGAGACCUUCAUGCGCUUCCACAUGGCCACCAAAGACAUGAAAGCAAGUGGGGUAGAGGGCACACACACACACACACACACACACACAGAGAGAGAGAGAGAGAGAGAGGGGAGAGAUGGGGUCAUGCGGUUUGCCUGUGGGUGGCGUCUGUUGAUCAGAGGAGAUAGCCGAGAAGAACAUGGCGACAUCGUAUGCUGUUAUGGUGAGGUAAUGAGUGCCGCACAUAGGACCGUCUUCCCUCUGAAAGUCGCCUUCUGUCCCGUUCUGCUGUCGCACAUACAUGUGUCAGGAGUGGCUAACGUUGAAGCCCCCGAAUGCCGCGGUGUGGGACGUCAUCCCAAAGGAAGGCGCACUGGUGCAGGUAGGUGUGAAGUGAAGGAAGACACACACGUCACACCACACCACACCACACCACGACACAAGACAACAGAGCAGCACUCGUAGAUGCAAUGCCGCCGCCCCUGUGUGUCUGCCUGUCUGUCUAUCUGUCUGUAUGUGUGUGUGUGUGCAGGCGAGGACGAUGAAGGAGACGGUCGGCGAUCGGGAGCUGUCCUUCAUUCAGCUGACCUCCAGGAUCGAAUAUGAACAGGUGUGUGUGUACUGCACCCACACACAUCGACGCGCUGCUCACUGCCGUGGGUUCAUUGCGGGCUGGGCUUCAUUCCAUUCCCUAGUAUGCGGAGUACAAGGGCCUCAAGCGGAAGAAGAGCAUCACCAUCGGCAUGGACGGCGGCAAGGAGGAAGCGGGCGAAUGGAAAACGAGGAAAGCCAUCGUCGUCUUCAGCUUCUGCGUAAGAAUGAAUCCACACACCACACACACAGACCCACCCACCCACCCGAUACACACACAUCCUCGUAUCUUUCAACAGGCAGGACACAAAUCUCUCCCUCCCUCUCUCUCUCUCGGCAUGUAUCUUUCCCUUACUUGUGUUGUUCAGACGGGUGGUCCGAGGAUCUUUCGGAUCAUCUCUGUGAAGGACUCGUCGGUUGUGCAGGACGAGCAGAGCGAGUUGGAGUGGGCCAAGCAGUGGCUGGAUCGCUGGGUGGGGAAGAAGAAACCGUCCUGACUGACCCACUCCAUGCCAUGUCAUGUGUGGCCUGGUGAGUGGGGGGUUGGGUGAAUGUCUGACAGAAAGACAUGACGUUCGUUAUGUGAGUGUGUCGUUAAUCCGAUCGAUGUGAUGUGUGGGUCAUGUGAAUGAAAUGAAUGUGCC